AUGGCCUCGCCAGCACCAUCAGAGAGCAGCCUCGAGAGUGGGCAAUGGAAUGAUGAAGAUCAAUCAUUCUACUUUGACACCCACCCAACACCGUACGAAUCGUUUGAUCCAGACCAGUCCUUCGAGGGAUACCAGCAUCUCUUCAUGAAGCCACAAUUCAAUGAUGACGUGAAGCUUGGGACAUCUUCCUCGCUGGAACCUCUCGGCAGUCACUCAAAUGUCAAGCACGAAGAACAAGCACUACCUUUCCGGCAGCAGCGACUGGAGCGAUGCUGCUUCAACUGCGGCGAGACUGGCCACGCUGUAGCGCAGUGCUCUCAACCCCGAGACCGCGAACGCAUCCGUCAGCGUCGCCUCGAGUUUGAAAGCGAAAAAUUGCAACGGGGCGAAGGUGACGACGAAGGCUUUGGAGAGAUCAACGGGCAUGCGAGGCUUCACGAGCAGUUUGCCUCUACCGAGCAGCGAAUCCGAUGGCUCGACGAAUUCGUGCCAGGCAAGCCAAGCCGAGCUCUCAUCGACGCACUCUUGCCGGAGACCGACGAUCAAGGCUCCUUAAGAGACUUGCCUUAUCUGCAGAGGAUGCUCGUCUGGGGUUACCCGCCCGGCUGGAUCUCGUCCAAGGAUCCAGUCGAGCAGAUUAGACGGGGCAUCCAGAGCGACUCACAGUGGGACUAUGUAGAGGUACUAGCCGGAUUUGAUGUUGCAGCCUUGGACAAGAGUGCUCAUCACCCACAGUCGCGCCCCGGAGAUACUCGAGCAAGCGCUGCUAAGGAGAAACGAGAUCUGAGUACCGACGAGAACGCGAAGAGACGACAGGCGACGGUCGAGACCGUCGCACGAUUCUAG